AUCGGCUACUCAGCGCAAUCGCGUAGUGUUUUUUUCCAGUGCCGAAAACAAUAUCAAAUUUUUCAUAACAAUGCUGAUUUAUUAGAGACUGCUACAAAAUUGUGAAGCACAUGUACCUCGCUAAACCGAAGGGAACGUGAGAACCGAUUCGUCAGAAGAAUCGCAUCAGACCGUUGCAUAAAAGCGCAGCCCCGCCGAAAUUAAGAGGUGCUCCCGCGACUCGCAGCGAACUUUGGAUGCGUCGCGAUGGGCUUGCUGGUGCAAGUUUUCAAAUGGGACCAGCGAUGGCGCCUGCUGCAGCGGAUGGAUAUAGACGUCCUGCUGCGGAGGGGCAUUAAGAAACAGGCGGUGUACCCGACCAAACUCGCUGAGGUCGGCCGCCUGGUGGAGGCGCGCGACGACCGGUACGAGACGGGCCAGCUCUUCCUGCACCGCAUCUUUGGCUACCGCGGUGUCAUACUCUUUCCCUGGACGGCCCGCGUAUAUGACCGAGACCUGCACAACCCGGGUAAGAUCGGCACCACCACCUCGACGACGACGAAAACUAGUCCUUCACAGCAGCAACACACCAAAGAGGCCUCGCUUCGGGUGAAGGCCAAUUCCUCCGCUCCGCCGUCGGAAGCAACCGCUCAGAGCGGUGAUGCGCCUACAUCGGCCGCCUACCAGACAGACGCUCCCAGCGAAGGCGAAGGCACACCCAAUGUAGGCACCGCCACGCAGGUGGACCCAAAGGAGGUCAAGGGCAAGGUGCAGACCUUCUACCAAGUGCUUAUCGACACCCGAGAUUGUCCGCAUAUACGCGCUCAGACCGAGGCGGUCACUUUCCUGGGUAACCAGGACUCGAACCGCAGCCUGUACGCCAUACCUGGUCUGGACUACGUGGCCCACGAGGACAUCAUGCCCUACAGCUCCAGCGAGAAGAGUCCGCUGCAGCACGAGUUGUUCGACAAGUUCCUCACGCACGCUCCGGAGGCAGAACCGCCAUUCGUGGGCCAGGACACGCUGAAGGCAUGGCAGGAAAAGAACCAUCCCUGGCUGGACAUGAGCGAUGUGCACAAGGAGACCACCGAGAAUGUGCGCAUCACUGUGAUCCCCUUCUACAUGGGCUGCCGUGAGACGCCUGCGAGCUCGGUCUACUGGUGGCGCUACUGCAUCCGGCUUGAGAAUCUUGGCGAGCUGAGCGUGCAGCUGCGCGAGCGCCACUGGCGCAUCUUCUCGCUGUCCGGAACCUUGGAAACGGUGCGCGGAAGGGGCGUGGUGGGCCAGGAGCCCAUUCUCAGCCCCCGGCUGCCCGCCUUUCAGUACAGCAGCCAUGUGAGCCUGCAGGCACCCAGCGGCCAUAUGUGGGGUACCUUCCGGUUGGAGCGCGAGGAUGGCUACUCCUUCGAUUGCAAGAUUCCGCCCUUUUCGCUGGAAAGCAAGCCAGACGACCUGGGACCGCCAACCCAGGCCGCUCCCAGCGCCCACGAUAAAAAGCGCGAUGAUACCGACUAGGAGGCAGUUGUUGAUCCGUAGUUAAAUGAUUUUAAAGCGCAACCUCUGACAAUGCAUGCGUACAUGUGUUUAGUGCAAAUUACAAUAAUCAAUCAGGACGCAGAUCCCGUUCCGUUUCUCAGCCCA